GCACCGAUUGCUGGGGAUUCCUGGCAUGUUGGUUCCACCGAGGCUGAGCUCUGCAGGGACCAUGUGGCUUCUGCAGCCUUCAGGGAAACCCCAGUGGGAGGGGUCACUUCCUCCCUUGAAACAGCCCAGCUCAAGUGGACUGAGCACAUGGCUGUCCCAGCGGACCUUCAUGAAUCCCCAGACCGAGGCAGGUAGAUCCUCUUGCAGGGCCCACACUCCCCUCAUCCAGCUCCCUCUAGCCUGCAUUUCUAAGGCAGCUCCAAGUUCCAGGGUUCAGAGGGGUAUAUUGGAAGGUGCUUGCAGCUGCCCCUCCCCUGCACGUCGCUAGCCUGCUCCCCGUUUCUCUGUCCCAUUCUGUCUGCACACGCCCUGGCUGCUGCAUGUGUAUCUGAACGUGACUCAGCAGCUCUACCCGAGGAGAAGCUCCAGGCCUCUAGACCCUCCAUCCACACUUGCACCACCCACACUCUGUCUCUGCCAUGUCUGCUGGGGACAGCAGGAAUACCAUCUCCCUGCCCCCAACAAGCCGCCCAGGCCCAUGCAGCACCCAAGUUCCCCUUUGGCAUGGCCCAGGCCCACACUCACCCAGCAGCUUCCUGUUGCUCUCACUUGGCCACACCUCACGUUUGAGACAUUUCUUUGCCUAGAGUGAGACCAGAACCCCGACUCAAUGCUGCCGCUGCUGCUGCUGCUACUGUCCCUGCUGCGGGAGGGGUCCCUGCAGCAGAAACCAGGCUAUGAGCUGCAGGUGCAGGAGUCGGUGACAGUGCAGGAGGGUCUGUGUGUCCUCGUGCCCUGCUCCUUCUCCUACCCUGAGAUCAGGACUUAUUUGACAAGCCCUGGCGAGCCUUUUGUCUUCUGGUUCCGAGACGGGGACAAUGUCUACACUCAAGCUCCUGUGGCCACCAACAAGCCAGAUUGGCCAGUAAGGCCUGAGACGAAGGGCCGGUUCCACGUCCCCAGGGACCUCAGCACCAACAACUGUUCCCUGAGCAUCACAGACGCCAGGAGGGAGGACACAGGGACGUACUUCUUCCGAGUGGAGAAGGGAAGCGACGUCAAAUACAACUACAUCUGGAAUAAGCUGUCUCUGAAUGUGACAGCCCUCACAGAGAAGCCCCACAUCCAGCUCCCGGCAACCCUGCACUCUGGCCACAACUCACAGCUGCACUGCAGCCUGCCAGGACACUGCCCACAGGGGAGAGCUCUCCGCUUCUCCUGGAAGGGCAGUGCCCUUGACUCUCAGACUCCCUGGAAGUUCCAGUCAUCCCUGGUCCUCACACCGAGGCCCCAGGACCACGGCACCAACCUCACCUGUCGGGUGCAGUACCUCGGCAGUCAGGUGACCACGGAGAGAACCGUGCAGCUCAAUGUCUCCUAUCCUCCUCAGAACCUCAGCGUCAGCGUCUUCUUCCAAAACAGCACAGUCCCACAGGCACUGAGCAAUGGCACGUGCCUGCCUGUCUCUGAGGGUCUGUCCCUGCGCCUGGUCUGCAUGGCUGAUGGCAGCCCCACUGCCUCGAUGGGCUGGUUCAGGGGGCACGAAGCCCUGCCUUCCUCCCGUGCGUCAGAAUCCGGAGUCCUGGAGCUGCCCGAGGUGCAGGCCAAAGACCAAGGAGAACUCACCUGCUGGGCUCGGCACCUGCUGGGCUCCAGCCAUUUCUCCUUGAGCCUCUCUGUGCAGAGAGCUUCCUCUGGCUGCACGUGCGUAUGUGAGAGACAGGAGAGCUCCUGGCCCCUGGUGCUCACCCUGAUCAGAGGGUCCCUCAUGGCAGCCGGCUUCCUUCUCACCUAUGGCCUCACGUGGCUCUACUACACCAGGUGCGGAGGCCCCCAGCUUCACGCCUCGACACCAAGAUGAGCACGGGGGAACCAGACCCAAGCCGCGGCCAUGUCAUGCUAGCCUCUCCCUGGAGGCAGCUCUCUGCGACUCUUUCCUGCCUGCUUCCCUGUCCUUAAUCCACCAAGCCCGGCACGUCCUGCCCCAUCCCAGCUUCACCUGCUGCCCUUCUCAUCCCUCCCCACCACCUGCUCCAACAUGUGACUGGGCUGCAUGCUUCAGGUCCCCCACACCUGAGAGUUUGCCUUGUUGACCAUGGAAGGACAGGGGAGGCCAGAAAUGACCCAUCCCCGAGACCCGGAUGCACUGCGCAUUGCAAGCCUGGCUGCUCCCUCCACCUGGAGCUGCGACUGUAAAACACGACCAAGGGCAUCUCCACAUGGAAGACACAGGACCGCCCGGGAACAGAUGUUACUCUUGAAGGCCCCUGCGGAUCCUUGUAGACCUCAAGGACAUCUGGGCAUGUUUGCACGCAGGCUGUGGUGUCCGCAUGACCCCGUGGAUGUUCAGUAGAGAAUGUGUCCAUGGUGACCCGGCUUGGGGAGGGUGGCAGGCUGACAGAGCCACAGUGAUGGAUUCUCCCACACCCUGGGCCCUUGAUGGACGCACAGCCUGGUCCUCACAGCUGGUGCCUGGACCCCUCCCUAGCUGUGUCCACGUCCUUCCUGCCUCCAUGGCUCACACAGGAUACCCAUCACUGCCGGGCUCUCCUCUCUAGUUUCAGCUUUGCCCAGCAUUCCCUGACCAGGCCGAUAUCUCCCAAGUCCUUAGCCAUAGAUUUUCUCUUUUCCUGUGUGACCCUGUUGGCCUCGUUCGUGCAUUUUGUUCACAUUCUGACUCCUGCGUGCCUGACAAUGGCAGAGGACCCAGAGCUGCGAAGGCAUCACAGUGGGACAGAGUGAGGACUCGGGUUUCAUGGACUUCCAAGGACUUUAGCGAGGAGGGUAUGCUGAGGUUCCCUGCCUGUGAUGGAGCAGGCUCAGCUGCACCUGCGUUACCACCUCCUAGAAA